UCGGUCUGUCCGCCUUACCAGUCGAGCCGGGUGGGGGCCGCACGCUCGGCUCUUUAGGCCGUGGGACCGUGGUCACACCCUUCCCAGAAAUCCUUGGCUGUAAUGCGAAGCCAAGGGGAGCAGGAGCUGGGAGAACUGGAGAAAACUGCUCUAAUCUGACUUGACUCCAGCUGGAAGCUAACUCUGCGUCAGGCAUCCUAACAACCAACAUUUGCAAAGCUCUCUCACAGGCUCUGAUUCCUACAGAACUCAGCCCUUUGCUGAAGCCAUGCCCCAGCCCAUGGCCCCAUGACCAGGUGGAUAGCACUCCUUGUGCCUGUGACCCAGAACCCUGGCUGAUCACAUUGAAGCAGGAUGCUCCAGCAGAUUAAUGGCCACAGUUCAGGCUCUGAUGCUCAAGGCAGGGACUCCCUCAGAGAAGACCUCCAGGAGUUCCUGGGCGGAGAGGCCCCAUUGCACCAGCUCGAUGACCUCACCAGGGUGAAUCCUGUGACUCUGGAGACAGUCCUGAGAUGCCUGCAGGCCCGGUACAUGGCAGACACAUUCUACACCAAUGCUGGCUGUACCCUGGUGGCUCUGAACCCCUUCAAGCCUGUCCCUCAGCUCUACUCACCAGAGCUGAUGAGAGAGUACCAUGCUGCACCUCAGCCCCAGAAACUGAAGCCCCACAUAUUUACUGUGGGUGAACAGACCUACAGGAAUGUCAAGAGCCUGACUGAGCCAGUCAACCAGUCUAUUGUUGUCAGUGGAGAGAGUGGUGCUGGAAAGACAUGGACGUCUCGCUGCCUGAUGAAGUUCUACGCUGUGGUGGCCGCCUCACCUACAUCCUGGGAGAGCCACAAGAUUGCAGAGAGGAUCGAACAGCGGAUCCUGAACUCCAACCCUGUCAUGGAAGCUUUUGGGAAUGCGUGUACACUGAGGAAUAACAACAGCAGUCGCUUUGGGAAGUUCAUCCAGCUUCAGCUGAACAGGGACCAGCAAAUGACCGGAGCUGCAGUUCAGACCUACCUCCUAGAGAAAACUCGAGUGGCCUACCAGGCCUCCAAUGAGAGGAACUUUCACAUCUUCUACCAGAUCUACAAAGGAGCCAGUGAAGAUGAGAGGCUCCAGUGGCAUCUCCCUGAGGGAGCCACUUUCUCCUGGCUGCCCAACCCAGAAAGGACCUUGGAAGAGGAUUGUUUUGAGGUGACCAGAGAGGCCAUGCUCCAUUUGGGCAUCGACACUCCCACCCAGAACAACAUCUUUAAGGUCCUAGCUGGACUGCUGCACCUUGGCAACAUCCGGUUUGCUGACUCAGAGGAUGAAGCCCAGCCCUGCCAGCUGAUGGAUGAUGCCAAGUGCUCUGUCAGGACAUCAGCCUUGCUGCUGCGACUUCCAGAGGACAUACUGCUGGAGACACUGCGGAUUAGAACUAUCAGGGCAGGCAGGCAGCGGCAGCAGGUGUUCCGGAAGCCCUGCUCCCGAGCCGAGUGUGAUACCCGCAGAGACUGUCUGGCUAAAUUGGUCUAUGCAUGGCUGUUUGACUGGCUGGUAUCAGUGAUCAACAGCAGCAUCUGUGCAGACCCCACUUCAUGGACCACUUUUAUAGGCCUGCUGGAUGUGUACGGAUUUGAGUCAUUUCCUGAAAACAGUCUAGAACAGUUGUGUAUCAACUACACCAAUGAGAAGCUACAACAGCACUUUGUGGCUCACUACCUAAGGGCACAGCAGGAGGAAUACGCAGUGGAGGGCCUGGAAUGGUCAUUUGUCAACUACCAGGACAACCAGACCUGUUUGGAUCUCCUUGAGGGGAGCCCCAUCAGCAUCUGCUCUCUUAUAAAUGAGGAAUGCCGCCUUAAUCGUCCAAGCAGUGCGGCCCAGCUCCAGACACGCAUUGAGGGUGCACUGGCAGGCAACCCCUGCCUGGGCCACAAUAAGCUCAGCAGGGAGCCCAGCUUCAUUGUGGUGCAUUAUGCGGGGCCUGUGCGGUAUCACACAGAGGGCCUGGUGGAGAAGAAUAAGGAUCCCAUCCCUCCUGAGCUGACCAGGCUUCUGCAGCAGUCCCAGGACCCCCUGCUCACGGUGCUGUUUCCUACUAACCCCGAAGAGAAGACCCAGGAAGAGCCUUCUGGCCAGAACAGGGCUCCUGUGUUGACCGUGGUGUCCAAGUUCAAGGCCUCCCUGGAGCAGCUCCUGCAGGUCCUGCACAGCACCACGCCCCACUACAUUCGCUGCAUCAAGCCCAACAGCCAGGGCCAGGCACAGACCUUCUUCCAGGAGGAGGUGCUGAGCCAGCUGGAGGCCUGUGGCCUUGUGGAGACCAUCCACAUCAGUGCUGCCGGCUUCCCCAUCCGGGUCUCUCACCAGAACUUCGUGGAACGAUAUGAGUUACUGAGAAGGCUCCAUCCCUGCACAUCCUCUGGCUCUCACAGCCCAUAUCCUGCCAAAAGGCACUCUGAAUGGCCUCCACAUGCCAGGGGGGCCAUACUGCAGCCUCUGCUCCAGGACAUCCUCCACACUCUGCCAGCUCUAACCCAGGCAGCAGGCAUGCUUGGUGACCCGGCUGAGGUCACACCGGCCCCAGUGUACUGUGGCAAGACCAAGGUGUUCAUGACCGACUCCAUGCUGGAGCUUCUAGAAUGUGGGCGUGCCCAGGUGCUGGAGCAGUGUGCCCGCUGCAUCCAGGAUGGCUGGAGGCGAUACCAACACCAAAAGCAGGAGAGGCAGAGGCGGGCCGCCAUGUUCAUCCAGGCAGCCAUUCGUUCCUGGUUAACUCGGAAACACAUCCGGAGACUGCACACAGCCGCCACAGUCAUCAAGCGUGCAUGGCAGAAGUGGAGAAUCAGAAUGGCCUUCCUUGCUUCCAAAGAACUGGACGGUAUGGAAGAAAAACACUUGUCUCAAGCUUCCCAUUCACCGUGCUCCUCCUCGUUGCCCCCUGUACAGACCAGGCUCCUGGAGGCAAUAAUUCACCUCUGGCCCCUGGGACUGGUCCUGGCUAACGCAGCUGUGGGUACACGUGGCUUUCAGAGGAAACUGGUAGUCUGGGCCUGCCUCCAGCUUCCCAGGGGCAGGCCCAGUAGCUACACCAUCCAGACAGCUCAACAAGACCAGGCUGGUGUCACGUCCAUCCGAGCUCUGCCUCAGGGCUCGAUAAAGUUUCACUGCAGAAAGUCUCCACUGCGCUAUGCUGACAUCUGUCCUGAACCUUCUUCACCCUAUGGUAUUACUGGCUUUAAUCAGAUUCUGCUGGAAAGACACAGGCUGAUCCACAUGUGACCUCUUCUCACCCUAGACUCUCACCCAGCUGGGUGAUCCUCGGUGCCUUUUUUUCCAUAAGGCUUCUUCUUGCCAAAGACAUUUAAUCCACACACAGCUGCCAAAGUGCUCCCACAGCGACUGCAAACGCAUGUGCGAGCCAGGGCUGCGUGUACCAGCAGGCCUGGGGCUUCAGGUCCACAUCUCAAGUACUACAGGGCAUCAGGGGUGGUAGUACCAAACCAGGACUAAGAAACAUCAGGGCCACGGAGAACAUCACCACGUUUCACUGCAGUGAGCACUCUGACUCCCCAUAACCACUUUUGGAAGAAAACAGGCAAAGAAAUCUUAAAAUUGGCUCUGGAAUUUGGGCUGGAGAACAUUCUGCAUUUAGUUCCUUAAAAAAGGAAUGAAACCUUAUUAUUUAAUAAGUUGUUGAUCUAUUUAAUGUAAUUUCAAACAAUUAGAUUAUGAAACAAGGAUGAUGAACAAAAUGCAACAUACACUAGAACCAUCACAUCUUGAUUUUUAUUAACACUGGUCAAGUUUUUAACUCAAAUGGGUAUAAAACAAAUUAUAUCAUUUAUGAUGUCUACCUUAACUGUGCCAAAAAUAAAACAUUUAAAAACUA